AGUUAAUUAAGCUAUAAGGAAGAACAUCUGCUUAUCAGUAGAGGCUGGUACUUCAAGGCCAAGCCGCCUGGGAAGGUUGUGUUUUGAACUUUCAAGCAAAUAAGGAACUGGGAACCAACUUCAGCGUUGUAUAUAAAGCACAUAGCCAGCGGGGGGCAGCAGAGAGUCGCCUUUUCCCUUUUGGUCACACCUUCACUCCAGAGUUGGCAACGCCAAACGGAGCUUUACGAGCCUCGCACUGACCCGUACCAAGCCGCUUCUCCGCAGCAGCAAAAGUCGCCCAGCCAAAACGGAGGUAGAAGUUUCACAGGAGAAGAGGCGGUUAUGGCAACCAGUUGUCUCCCGCUGGCCGCCGCCGCCGCUACCCGGAACCGAUUCAUUGUGGUGGGAGGCGGGAUCGCUGGAGUGACGUGCGCUGAGCAGCUGGCUGCAGAGUUUCCUUCUGACGAUAUUUUAUUAGUCACAGCAUCUCCUCUGAUAAAAGCAGUGACAAACUUCAAACAGGUUUCCAGAGCUUUAGAAGAAUUUGAUGUAGAGGAACAAGCAAGCAGCAUCUUAGAAAAACGCUGCCCUAACAUUGAGGUUAUACAGUCUGGGGUAGAACGACUGAAGAGUGAAGAACAUAAAAUAGUCACAGAAGCCGGCAAGGAGUACGCCUAUGAGAAACUUUGUCUUUGUGCUGGAGCAAAGCCAAAACUGAUUGUUGAAGGAAACCCAUUCGUGUUGGGAAUCCGUGAUACAGACAGUGCGACGGAAUUUCAGAAACAUCUGGCAAAAGCUAAAAGAAUAACCGUUGUAGGAAAUGGCGGCAUUGCACUAGAGUUAGUAUACGAAAUUGAAGGUUGUGAAGUGAUCUGGGCCAUCAAGGACAAAGCGAUUGGGAAUACCUUCUUUGAUGCAGGAGCAGCUGAAUUCUUGAUCCCGAAGCUGAGUGCUGAGAAACAGGAGCCCCCAGUUGCUUGUAAAAGAACAAAAUACACGACAGCAGAAAGUGGGAAGGAAGAGGGAGCUUCAGCAAGCCCUGGGGAAAUAGGCAGUGCCUUAGGCCCCGACUGGCACGAAGGCUUGCAUCUUAAGGGAGCAAAAGAGCUAUCCCAUAAAGUUCAUAUUGAAAGCCUGUGUGAAAUAAAGAAGAUAUAUCUCCAGGAAGAAUUCUGGCAGUUGGAGAAGGUGUCUUUGGCUUUCCCCAGAGCUCAACAGGACAAGAGAAAUGCAGAAACGGAUGACGAACUCUGGCCAGUAUACGUGGAAUUGACCAAUGGGAAGAUGUAUGGCUGUGACUUCAUUGUUAGCGCAACCGGAGUUGUUCCAAAUGUUCAGCCAUUCCUUGACGGUAAUAAUUUUGUUCUAGGUCAAGAUGGAGGUCUAAACGUGGACAAAUACAUGCACACUUCACUACCAGACGUCUAUGCGGCAGGGGACAUCUGCACUACCUCAUGGGAGCCUAGUCCUGUUUGGCAACAGAUGAGGCUCUGGACCCAGGCUAGGCAGAUGGGAUGGUAUGCUGCAAAAUGCAUGGCUGCUGACAUUUUAGGGGAACCUGUGGACAUGGACUUCAGCUUUGAACUCUUUGCUCAUGUUACAAAAUUUUUCAAUUACAAGGUGGUGCUGCUGGGAAAAUACAAUGCUCAAGGAUUGGGCUCAGACCAUGAACUGAUGCUGAGGUGCACCAAAGGACAGGAGUAUGUCAAAGUAGUGAUGCAGAAUGGACGAAUGCUCGGAGCAGUAUUGUUCGGGGAAACAGAUCUAGAAGAAACCUUUGAAAACUUGAUUCUCAAUCAGAUGGAUCUAUCACACUAUGGGGAAGAUCUCUUGGAUCCAAGGAUUGACAUUGAGGACUACUUUGACUGAACUUCUUUAGAAAAAGAUCAGUGUCUGUGACUUCUUAAAUAUUUUUUUAAAGCAAAGGUUCCCCCAGGCAGAAUAGAGACCUAAGGAUGGAUGAGUGCAAUUGCCCUAAAAGAAAUGGCUUGAGUGCUUCCAGGCCCUGCCAGGAUACAGUGUGUCAACAUGCAAGCAUAGUCAAGUGGGACACUGAAUUGUGGUAAGGUGCAUUCUGUGUUAAGUAGCACAGACUUCAGUUGAACUUUACAGUGCUUCAUCUUAACUGAUAAGCUAUUGUCAUGUAAUCUCAGGUUCAGUGGGAUUUGCAGCUUUGAUUUAAAAUAUUUGUUUUUUACUUGCAUCAUUCAAAGCAGCUUACAUAAAGAGAUGUAAAACAAAACACAGUUAUGGUAGUAGUUUAAAAACUAUAGGCACGGUUCAGCUGAAGUUAAGCACUUUAAAAUGCUUCAUUCAAUGGCAUGUGCUAUCUCUUUCCUAUUAAGACAGAUUUGAAAGUGCUCAAUUUUACUCAGGUAGCCUGACAUCAUGUGGGUUAUAGCUCCACCUAGCGUCCGAAGGCAAGAAUGGAUUGUAGUCAAGACCUGGGGCAUCAAGCCCCUCCCUCUCCAGUUUCAUUCUUGCCUUCGUCCAAGGCGUUUGGAUUCAUCAACUGUAACAUAGCUAAGUUUGUGAUUGAGUGCGUGGAACUGAUUGGUUUUCCCUUUCCUUUUGUUCCCUUUCCUCUUCCACUGUUUUAUUUACCUGGGACAUUUGUUUGGGUUUUUUUUCUUACUUGUUUUUAAUAUUUCUUCCCCCUCCUCAGUCCCUUUGACGGGGACUCCAGCAGCUGCCAUUCCCCCCUUUUUUGGGCUCAUAUCUCUCUCGUGAGAUGAGCCUUGGCAGGGAGCCGCGGCUCCCUAUUUGUCUCAUCUGCUCCUGCUGGGAGCCGCGGCUGCUGCUCCCUUUUGCAAACUUCCACCCCUUACUGCCAGCUUCCUUUUCUCCCAGGCGGUGGCGGCGGCGGCUUAUAUUUUCACGGCCAGAGGCUGCUGUGGCUUGCUCCCCUUACCGCCAGCUCCUUGGUCACCCAGGCGGCGGCUGUGACUCGUUUACCUAAGAUGACUUGAUUUUUAAAAAAGUUUUUUCUGAGUCUGUGCUGGAACUGAUGCAGGCCCUUUUUCACAUACACUGUGAUGGGUUUUAUCCCAGCCCAGGCAACAGUGGUAAGUGGAUGACUACUGCAGUCAGAGGUGUGGAGAUAACAGGUGGCGUUUUCAGCCCUGUUUGAUACCAGCCCAGGAAAUGUACAUGUGUGAGAACAGGGUGGUUAGUCAGUUAAAUUAACAAAAUUUCAGAAGCAUCUAGCUCUGGAUGACAAGCUAAACUGUAAAUGAUAGAUCUUUCAAAAAAUUAAUAACUUGACUCAUAUUG